UUCAUAUCACAGACUUUCUCAACACAGAGACUCAAUAUCACAAGACUUCCGGGAACGCUUGGAAAGCAUACUCGACAGACCAGACCAGGGUUUGAGAAAUUCUUUGUGUGGGAGGCCAAUGAUAAGGGCUCUGAGGUGCACCUCCAGGCCGACCCCACCAAGCUGGAGCUGCUGCACCAGUCCUUCAAGGUCAAGAAGGAGGUUUUCAAGGACAAACAGAAGAAGACGAUCCUGGAUAAGUACGGGGGUGAGGAGCAGCUGGACGUCCCUCCCAGAGGGCUGCUGCUGGCCCAGACUGAGGACUACGUGGAGUACAGUCGUCACGGUGCCGUGCUGAAGGGACCGGAGAAGGCUGUGGCACACUCCAAAUACGAAGAGGACGUACUCAUCCAGAACCACGCGUGUAUCUGGGGGUCAUGCAGGAGAGAAAGCUGCUGGGACUUCAAGUGCUGCCACUCCAUGGUCAAAAUGAGCUACUGCACCGGAGAGGCUGGCAUCAAAACUACUCCCCUAUAGAGCUCCUCAACCUGUGUUCCGUUUGAGGAGGGACUGGAGCAGGAGGAGGAGCUAAAGACUACUAGAGAUUCACAGGGAGAAGCUAAAAGAGAAGAAGCAGAAGAAGAAAAGCAGAAGAAGAAGAAGCAGAAGAAGAAGAAGAAGAAGAAGCACGGCUCAGACAGCAGCGAAUCUGAGGAGGAGAAGAAGAAACAGAAACUGAACCAGGCUCUGACUACAGAGGACGUGCAUCUGAAGCAGGUAGAGGAGAUGAUGAAGGUGGAUGAGAGGAAGAGGAAGUACAACAGCCUGCAGGAGAUCAAGGAGCCCACGGAGGAGGAUAUGGAGGCCUUCAGGAUGAAACGCUCCAGGGAAGACGACCCCAUGGCCAACUUCCUGGAGCUGGGACAGUGAUAGGGACAACCCCAUACUCUAUGCUCGCCCCUACCUACAGUAUACCCUCCACCCUCUCAUCCCAGCCCUGUACCCCCUACCCUCUCCUCUCACCCUCUACCCUACCCUCUCCUCCCAGCCCUCUACCCUCUACCAUCUCCUCCC